AUUGAUGAUCGCCGAAGCAUCCCAGUUCCAGAUCACUAGACGCAAAUCUCCCCGGCAAGCCUUCAAGCUUGCACUUUUCCAUGUCUGUCCUUGCCGCAUCCAUAUCAAUCACCCUGUAGACCACAUCCUCUUUCAUCUGGCAGCAAGUUUCUGCAAUGCUACGACAAAUGUCUCUACGGCCCGUCGCCCGGGCCUCUGGUCAUGCGCAUUGCGCAUGCACAGCUCGAAUCGCCGCCCGUCGCACGUUCACUGCGAAACCAACCCGCGCGACCGAGGACUUCAGCUUGAACAAGCUCCACAACAAGCGACGCGACUACGAGCGUAACCGAACCGCCUUCCUCUCCGCUGGCGCGAUUGCUGGCAUCGCGUCAUUCAUAUACACGGCCUACAAGCUCAAAGUCGCCCUCGCUGCUCAAAGUGACAGCGACAAGUCCUCGAGCUCCGGCAGCAUUCGCCUAGACUCACCGAUACCGACGGGAACCUUCAAAACCGAAGCGGGCGAACAGCGCAAGGUGGUCCUGAGGGACGACGAGGGGCGCGAGAUUGUGCCUACGGGAAACAGUGUCGUACAGACUUUUCCUCGGACGAUCGAUGUGAAGUUACCGACAGACACGAGGGCGGUUGGUACCAUUGAAGCAACCAUUUCGAGCAAUGAGGGGACCGAGUAUACCCUCGUUGGUCUGGGCACGCGCACUGUCACCUUUCUUGGAAUCCAGGUUUACGUUGUGGGCUUCUAUGUUGCCACGCAGGAUAUUGCCAAGUUGCAGACCUACCUCGUCAAGAAGGUGAACUCGCUCGCCACGACGUUGAUUCCGUCUGAGAAAGAAACGCUGCGCAAGUCGUUGCUCGAUGCAGCCGAAGGGGAGGAGACCUGGGAUACCAUUCUCCGCGAUGCUGGUUGCCGCUCUGCCUUCCGCAUUACGCCCGUCAAGGAUACCGACUUUGGCCACUUGCGCGAUGGCUUUGUCCGUGCCAUUACAGCUCGGUCGCAGCGCGAUUCCCAGAAAUACGGCGAUGAACAAUUUGGCGAGGCGCUCAAGGAAUUCAAGAAUCUGUUUGCGCGCGGAUCAGUUCCCAAGAAGAAGGAGAUGCUUCUGUGCCGCGAUCAGUUGGGACGCUUGUCCGUGCUGUACGAGGAAGAGGCUACAAAGGGGCCUCGCUCACAGAUCAUGGGCAGCGUGCAGGACGAGCGGAUUUCGAGACUUUUGUGGUUGAAUUAUCUGGCGGGCAACAAGGUGGCAUCCGAGCCAGCCAGGCAGAACAUCAUCAAUGGUGUCAUGGAGUUUGUAGAGAGGCCGGUGGGAACCGUGGCAACACAGGUGGUGUAAUUUAUUGGCUGCACAUGUUGUACAAUAGCGAGGAAUAUCAUGGAGAAUAACCACCAGCGAACUCUCUACCUUCUCCAAAUGCACUUGGGCAUAUCUGAUUCGUGCAAAGUCAAGUCUCUUGUGUACUCUAUCGUCCAAGGUCUAUCGCGUGAAAUGGCUCUCUUCCAUCUAUACAACGCCAGCCUCCUUCAACAGACCCUGCAGAUUUCCUGAUUUGUCCAGGGUCUGCAGGUCAGAGUUGCCGCCAAUGUGCUUCUGCUUGAUGUAGACGUUGGGAACAGUGCGCUGGCCGCUGAUCUGCUCGAGAGCAUCCUGCAUGUCACUGCCACCGUUGAUCUGGUCAAGCUCGAUCACCUUGAAGUCGAUACCCGUCUUCUGCAAGGUCGACUUGGUGCUCUUGCAGUAAGGGCAGUAUG